CUUCCAAGACCAGAUGACCAUCACACUCAGUAUUAUUCUUAACACUCAUUGGUAAAUUUCAAAAAUGUAUCUUUACGAACGUCCAAGUAAAUUAUCUUUAACUUCAGUAGAAGAAUUCCAAGAGGCUUUUCAAUUAUUUGAUAAUCGUGGGGAUGGAAAAAUUCAUGUUGGACAAAUUGGCGACGCUUUGAGAGCUUUGGGACAAAACCCAACAGAAUCUGAUGUUAAAAAAUAUACACAUCAACAUAAAUCUAGUGAGAGGGUUUCUUUUGAAGUUUUCUUACCAAUUUAUCAACAAAUUUCUAAGUCAAGAAGCGCUGACACCGCGGAUGAUUUUAUUGAAGGUUUACGUCACUUUGAUAAAGAUGGAAACGGUUAUAUCAGUUCAGCUGAAUUAAGACAUUUACUAACGACUUUGGGAGAAAAAUUAACUGAUGAUGAAGUUGAACAAUUAUUGCAAGGUCAAGAGGAUUCUCAGGGAAAUGUAAACUAUGAAGAUUUCGUUCGUUUAAUUAUGUCAGGGUAGAUGCUUUUGUUUCUUAAAUUUUAUUGAUUUAAAAGCAUUUAUUUAUUUACGUGGUCAAUUUAUUUUCUUUUUUAAACAUCUAAUAGAGUAUGUUAAUUUAGAAGUGCCUUCCAUUCCAUUUUAUAUUCUUUUUGUUUUACUAAUCUAACUGGUACUGUAAUUAUUAGUGGACAUACUAUAGUUGUGUACACAAUAAAUAAUUUAAAUAAGUAAA